UUAUUAAAAAUACAUACAAUAAAUAUUGUAGUUAAUACAUUAAUUAAACAAUAAUUAAAGCCAAAAUAAUGACAAGUGAGAAAGAACAAUCAAAGUUGCAGCAAUUGAACGAUUACACAGUUUUUGUAGUAACCUGGAAUGUGGGCAGUAAAUUUCCAGACAAUAUAUCGUUACGCAAUCUUUUAGGUCUGCAAUCCAUUGCUGAUGCAACAACUCUACCAGAUAUUUAUGCUGUUGGCUUGCAAGAAGUUAACUCGCAACCACAACAACAGGUGUUGGGUCUAUUUAAAGAAGAUCCAUGGUCACAAAAAACAAAAGAUGCGCUGCGUGAAUAUAAUUACGUUCUAAUAAAAACGGAACAAAUGCAGGGCUUGCUACUCUCAAUGUUUGUUAAACGUAUACAUGUGCCACAUUUGCGCGAUAUAGAAGCGGAAUUUACACGUACUGGCUUCGGUGGUAUAUGGGGCAAUAAAGGUGCCGUAAGCAUACGUUUCACACUUUAUGGCUGUGGUAUGACAUUUGUUGCAGCACAUUUAGCUGCACAUGACCAACAUUUGGAUGAACGCAUUGAGGAUUAUAAACAAAUUUUGGAAAAUCAUCAUUAUCAUGUUACACGUUAUCGUGAAAUAUUUGAUCAUGAUUAUGUGUUUUGGUUUGGAGAUCUGAACUUUCGUUUAAAGGGCGAAGAUAGCUCAGAAGAGGUUAUAGAAGCUGUACGUAAAGAAAAAACAGCCGAACUUUUAAAACGUGAUCAAUUGUUAGAUAUUAGAGAAGUAAGUCAGCAGGCUUUUCAAUUAAUGCAUGAACGUACACCAGAAUUUCCACCUACAUUUAAAUUUAAAGAAGGCACAUCCGAUUAUGAUCCCAAACGAAGACCAGCUUGGACAGAUCGUAUACUUUAUGCAGUACAACCAUUGAAUCGACAACCCAAUAUGCCACUCUCUAUCGAACAACGUUCUUAUAAAUCAUUUCCUGGUUAUACAAUGAGUGACCACAAACCAGUUACCAGUGAAUUUUUACUUAAAUUGUAUCCAAAUUAUCGUGCACCUUGUGUGGAAUUUACUGAUAUACCAAUUUGGGAAAUUGGUGAAGAAUAUACUGUUGAAUAUAAAAAACCAAACGAUUUUGAGGAACGUGAUCAUGAUUGGAUUGGUAUCUAUCGUGUAAAUUAUGCGAGCCUUACUGAAUAUAUAGCAUAUGAAUAUGUGAAUCAAGCAGAAACACCGCCAUCAUCAGACUCAACUGAGGUGGAUACAUAUUUUGAUACACCAUCCACACAUAGAAGAGGACGUCAUCAUCAUCGUAAUCGACAACGUUUACGUCGGCAAAGAGAAGCUAAUGAUGAAUUAGUGCGUAUCGAUUUCUCAGAUGAUAUUGAAUUGAAAUGUAAUGAAACUUAUUUAUUGAUCUAUGUUCAAAACACUGGUUUACGUGGUGUGACGAGCAUAGCUGGCAUGAGUAAUGCAUUUCAAACUAUAAAACGACGUCGUCGUUCACGUUCACCACGUGCUGAGCAUGCUGAUUAGAUGUCCAAAAAAAUAAUUUUGUGCUGCUAUAACACAUAUGUUAUAGGUAUAUGUUAGAUAAACCCAAAGGUCGGAAAAGGAGUAUAUGAAUUACGUGUAACAAUUUUAAAUAAGUUUAUCUAUAUCGCAAUAGUUAUAUUUUGAAACAAAAUACGAAUCAAUAUAGAGAUGAGCUUUAGAUUUUUAUAUUUUUAUAUAUAUUUUUAACAAAUUAGUGGGUCUUAAG